AGUGCACGGAUUAUAAUGUAUAAUAUAAUGUUUAUAAUAUUGAUGUAGAACUAUAUUAUAUUAUAUGAAUUGUAUGAUUUGUUUUAUGAUAUAAUUAUUAUUUAUAAUCAUAAUAUUGAUCAUUCAUAACGCUCUGAAUUAUAUUUUGCUUUAAAAUUCACAGAAGAUAAAUAUAAUUUAAAACAUAAAUAAAAAGAAUGUAUUACUUAUUCAAAUAUAGUGCAUAUUUUAAUAUGUUUAAUAUUUGUUAUAUAUUGGAAUAAUAGCUACUGCUGAUACAUAACCGUGUGGGCUUUUCAUAGGCAUAUGGUUGGAUAUUUGGCCAAUCGCUGUUUCCGACGUGUUUGUGACGAUGCUGAGCUGGGCUCUGUGUAUUUGGAUUAGGCACCAGUGCAAAUCUUGGCCGUACAAACGAGACUAUACUGUACUCCAAGCAUAGGCCUUCUUUUAUGAAUACUUUUAUUUUCAUUUAAUUAUUGCCUUGCACCAAUAGACAUGUCAGGCUUGUGUGUCUUUGUGCUUGCAUUCUGCUGGUCGAUGAUGGUACCGUGCAUGGGUUAUCCGUCGUCAGUAGCGGCACCGGCGCAGCCCUGUCUCGCCCCGUUACAAUGGGAGGGUCGGACCGUUGAAUAUGACCACAGUACUGGAAGAAAUACACGGGCAGCGGUCUCCUAUGAUGCACAGAAUCAACGAAUUAGGGUCCUAGAACAGAAGACAGGACACACACCCUAUAUACAUGGACAUAAGGAAUACAGAAUAGUAGAAAUAAGAAUGACUACCAAAAGGUUCUUUGAGUACAUCUACCUGUUCAAGAGUGGAGUGCUUUUCCAGAUUGAACAAGUUACUAAGAAGUGUGCAAAGAUUGCGCUGACUGAGGCCUGGGACCCUUAUGAUAUACCUCUGAACUCCACAUAUGAGGACCAGUACUUUAUCGGUGGACCUGGAGACAUGAUUGAAGUUCAAGAAUGGUCUGAUCGGAAACCAGCUCGCAAAAAUGAAGCUUGGGUAGGUGUGUACACUUUGAAUGACUGCUAUCCCGUGCAAGAGACGUACACCAAGAACAGUAGUGUGACCACUUCCACUCGCUUCUUUGACCUUCAUCUGGGCAUCAGUGACCCUGGAGUGUUCAUCCCACCCAGCACCUGCCAAUCAGCACUGUCUGAGAAGAUGACUACUGACUGCUGAAUAUAUCAUUGGUCUCUGGUCCUCAUUAAUGCACCUGGGCUUUGCAUUACAUGCUCAAAAUAGAUUUACCAGUAUAGACAGCUUAAAAUGACAGCUUUUCAAUUAACCAAUAUUACACUAAAAAGAACACAUGAAAUAAGUGCAGUUACUGUAAACAAACAUAACUUUAAAAUCAACCAAAAAGUCAGUUUAUAGACUUUGAGUUAAAAUGUGAACUAUGCUACAUACAGUGCUCAAAAGUUUGCAAGCCCUGGCAGAAAUUGUGAAAUUUUGGCAUUGAUUUUGAAAAUAUGACUGAUCAUGCAAAAAAUCACUGAUCAUGUCUUUUAUUUAAGGAUAGUGAUCAUAUGAAGCCAUUUAUCAUCACAUAGUUGUUUGGCUCCUUUUUAAAUCAUAAUGAUAACAGAAAUCACCGAAAUGGCCCUGAUCAGAAGUUUACAUACCCUUGAAUGUUUGGCCUUGUUACAGACACACAAGGUGACACAAACAGGUUUAAAUGGCAAUUAAAGGUUAAUUUCCCACACCUGUGGCUUUUUAAAAUGCAAUUAGUGUCUGUGUAUAAAUAUUCAAUGAGUUUGUUAGCUCUCACGUGGAUGCACUGAGCAGGCUAGAUACUGAGCCAUGGGGAGCAGAAAAGAACUGUCAAAAGACCCGCGUAACAAGGUAAUGGAACUUUAUAAAGAUGGAAAAGGAUAUAAAAAGAUAUCAAAAGCCUUGAAAAUGCCAGUCAGUACUGUUCAAUCACUUAAGAAGUGGAAAAUUCAGGGAUCUCUUGAUACCAAGCCAAGGUCAGGAAGACCAAGAAAGAUUUCAGACACAACUGCCAGAAGAAUUGUUUGGGAUACAAAGAAAAACCCACAGGUAACCUCAGGAGAAAUACAGGCUGCUCUGGAAAAAGAUGUUGUGGUUGUUUCAAGGAGCACAAUACUUGUUGACCCCUCUCCAAAGACAGCGCUUAUGGUUGUGACCAUAAAGCUAUUUUGGUCUCGUCACUCCAAAUUACAGUGAGCCAGAAGCUGUGAGGCGGGUCAAGGUGUUGUCGGGCAUAUUGUAACUGGGCUUUUUUGUGGCAUUGCCGCAGUAAAGGCUUCUUUCUGGCAACUCGACCAUGCAGCUCAUUUUUGUUCAAGUAUCGUCAUAUUGUGCUCCUUGAAACAACCACACCGUCUUGGCUUGGUAUCAAGAGAUCCCUGAAUUUUCCACUUCUUAAGUGAUUGAACAGUACUGACUGGCAUUUUCAAGGCUUUGGAUAUAUUUUUAUAUCCUUUUUCAUCUUUAUAAAGUUCCAUUACCCUGUUACGCAGGAAUUUGACAGUUUUUUUGCAUGGUCAGUCAUAUUUUCAAAAUCAAUGCCAAAAUUUCACAAUUUCUGCCAGGGUAUGCAGACUUUUGAGCACAACUGUAUAUAAUUUAAGCCUCAUUUAUAUUUUAAUGCCACAUUCUGGACAAACUAUAUGGUGUUCUGCUGAGCCUCAGUGGGCUAAUGUAGUACUUUAUUUUUGGUUUUACUAUUAAUUAUGAGUUCUGCUACAUUUUAUCAUUAUUAUUUAUUUUAUUUUGCCUUAAAGCUGAUUUAAAGUGUGGAUACAUAUAAUUUCAAAAAUUUUGUUUAUAGUUGUUGAAGAAAUCUCUAGACUUCAAUGUUGAUUUCAGUAAAUAGUGUUUACCUCACUACUAAUGUUGUAAAUUUAUUUAAAUUUAUCAAACAUAUACAUUGACAUUAAUCAAGGAUAUUUUGCCUGAAAAAGACUAUAUACUGAUACUGUAGUAGCUGUAGCUGAGUACAUCAGAUUCUGUGUUUUGUGACAGUGCUGGUCUCCAAUUACAAUCUGUAGAGGUGUGAAAUAAACACCCGACCUUUCCAAGCUAUCUUGAUGAUUAACAUCACAAUAGAAAAUGUGACAAAGUAAUGUUAUGAGGUAAUGUUUGCUUAGAUUGCAUCUUGAAAGCAUAUGUGAAUACAAAAUAAAUGGGUCAAUAAUGUGA